UGGCCCUAGGCUUCUAACAAUUUCCGAAGCACAUUCAAUUCGGCACAUACACACGCCAGUACUCUAACUUGCACUCCCAUUCCUCCACCCCAAGAACCCACACAGCAAGCAACAAUGGCGGACACAGUCGAGGAGAGCAAGCAGUCUAUCUCGGGAGAGGGAAACGCAGAUGCCAACGCCUCGGUAGGCGCAAAGGGCAGCGCGGAAUCAUCGAGUAAGAAAACCGAAAGGAAGACGCCGAAGAAGCUGGGCGGAAAGAAGCCUCAACAGCAGCCCACUCCUGACGCCACUCCUGCCCCCGAAAGCGAUGGCGAAGGGAAAGCUGAGAACGAGGACGCAGAAUCCAAGAAGCAAAGCAACGGCGGCGACGCCGACAACGAAUCCGACGCGGAACCCCAACAAGAGAAGAGCAAGUCGCAAUCGAGACGCCGCCAGUCGCGUGGCCGUGGCCGACGAGGCGCAGACUCCGGUGCCGAAUCUGAUGCGCGAUCCGAUGUCUCGCAGUCUGGAGGCCGUCGCAACCGCCAGCGCCAAAAGAAGGGCGGCAAGGGCGGAGGCCCCCUAGACGACAUCACCGAGAACGUGCCCGGAGCCGACGCCCUCAGUGGAGCCGGCGACAUGGUCCAAAACACUGCUGGUAACGCCGUCAACUCGGUCGGUGACACUGCUGGAAAGGCCCUUGGUGGUCUCACUGGCGGCGGCGGCGGUGAAGAGGAGGGCGGAAAGGACGGAGGUGAACAGCUGAGACUGCGAUUGGAGCUCAACCUCGACAUUGAGAUUCAGUUGAAGGCCAAGAUUCACGGUGAUCUUACGCUUGGAUUGCUGUAAGUUGAUUCUUCUUGUUUUCCGUACGUUUGGAGCGCAAUGCUAACUCUUUGAUAGUAACUAGAUGUCGCACGAGGACGAAUGCACGAAACGCAUCGAAUGUUAUAAUGGGAUAUCACCGUCGGCGUUUGCUUUGGAGUUUUGCAUGUAGUGUCAUGACAUAUAUUGUAGUGCAUACAACACAACAAAUAACUUGCAUCAACACAGUUUUCAACCCGUCGUGUUUGUUUUGAUCGUGAAAGUCCCACGCAAUGCGCGUUGGUGCUCAUUGCAGUGUCGCAUUCUUGGUAUGACGUUUACCGAGCAUUACUCCUGGUUAUAUCAGGACCAGGUUGUGUAAUAAUAGCUCUAAAGGGCCGAGAACGUUGUAACGUCAAGUGCUAUCGCAAGAUGUACGGACUUGAAAACAUCAAUUGCUGUGCUCUAGAAAUCUCAUGAGCCGAGUAUUGCACAGCUGCCACGAGCUAGAUCGCGUGA